UUAUAAACUAAAACAUACGCCCAUUGUUUAGCUUUCUCAUUUCUACCUUAAACCUAAAUCCUUUACUAAUCUGAAGUCUCUUAUCCGUUUUCUAGUUUAAUUUUCUGCCCUUCUUUCAAUAUGCUCGGUCAGCUCAAACUACCUCGAUCUACUCUCUCUUAUUUUCCCUACAAGGUAUUAUCGCAACAAAUAGAAGUAGAGAAUCAAUCUAUAAACUGCAUAUGUCAAUAAUGCAGAAAUACGAAUUAACUUAAUUAGAUAAAAUUUGCAAUGCCGGCCGUCGGUUGCACUUCUAUAAUAUUUUUUGAUAAUCGUAUAUAAUAAUAUUAAAUUAUAUCUUUAACCCGAUAACAGCUAAUUAUAUAGUAAGAUGGUUGCCGCCUACCUCAGAUUAUUAUCGAUUAAUCUUAGGCAUAGAUUAAAAGCCACAGUAUAUUUAUUCCAUAGACCUAUAAAGCAAGAUUUCUUUAUAGGUCUAUGAUUUAUUCUAAGGCUUAGGUUGCUACCACUUUUCCUAAUUGCAAAAUGACCAACAUCUAUGACGAGUUUCUUAUCAGUAUUCAGUGGGCCGAAUUUGUACCGAUACGGACGGCAGCUCACCGGCCAUCGGACAUUGACGGUUGACUGUUGAGCACUGAGCACUCGCUUAAUCAGCGCCGUAGCUUAACACUUUGCAGUUCGCUCCGCUAAACCAAAAAUAUCCUAGGUUUGCAGUCUGCAGACUACACUAGAAAGAGGCUACAGGUUUUAAGUUAUAUUAGAAGAUCUGAUAAGAAACUGGUCAUUGGGAAAAGUGGUGUUAUCCCGAUGUAAGAUGUUGAUAAAUGAUAAUAGUUCGUUGACUGUUGCCAUAGAUAUAGAGCUGUUAUAGUUUACACAUUUAUCUGUUCUGUGGUUUACAGCUAUGCUAUGCCAGUUAGAUAUACUCAUUACUUGUAAACAAGUUGUAAUUUAGCAUGGCAUAGUAAACUGACCGAGUUGUUGUAUAGACUAUAGUUAGGAUCGAAGUGUCUCUUAAACAGACAAACAAAAUUGUCUGUAAGUAGGACUUACUCAAAUCCAUUAAGUUUCCAGUUUAGCAUACUAAUUUAAGUUUUAUAUAUUCUGUAUUAUAUUGUACUCCUAAUUUUGUAGUAGCAAUAAAUAAUUAAGUAAUUUUUUUCGAACCACCGUAGUCAUACCAUUAAAAACAUUUAGUGUUGGUUGGAACCAUUUAGUGUUGUUGUCAGUUUUAUAUUCAAUAUGGAUAUAACUACAGAUAUUGAACCACUUAGCGAUGAUGUUUCAGACCUAGGAGAAGGGCUUAAACAAUUAUCCGUAGCUCGAGCACAAAUCAAUGCGCUAAGAAAACAAAAUGAGUUGUUAAAGAAGCAACUAAAUGAAAGAAAUGUGAUUGUUGCAACUAAACACUCUCCAAAGGAUUCUGAUAAAAUUGAGUUUUCUGUAAUAGGAGUAGUAAAAACAAAAUUUAAAGAACGCCGUUGUGUACCACGCCAACCGGGACUUUGUCCAUUGGCACAAGCAAAACUUACAAUAUUAAAUACAAUCUUUACAAAUCCUAGUCAUGCUCUUGAAGGGCUUGCUGAUUUUUCUCAUAUGUGGGUGUUAUUUCACUUUCAUAAAAACGAAACUACUCAUGUCCAUGCCAAAGUUUCACCUCCUAGAUUAAAUGGUUUGAAAACUGGCGUACUUGGUACUAGAUCUCCACAUCGACCUUCUCCCAUUGGUUUAUCAUUAGUGCAAAUUGAUAAAGUGGAAGGGAACUCCGUGUACUUUUCUGGUGUAGACAUGAUAGACGGAACACCGGUAAUUGAUAUCAAACCAUAUAUACCACAUUACGAUGCACCAAUGAUGUUGAGAUCGUUUAACCAAUCUAUAUCGUUGGUCGAUAAUGGUUCACAUCAAAUCCUUUUAGAUCCAUUAACUGCGAAUCGAGAAGAUCCGGACGGAGAAGAAACUACCUGUUACGACAAUAUGCCUCUCUCUCCUCUACAUUCAAAGGUACGUGUCCCUCAAUGGAUUACAGAACCUUUAACUCAAGAGUUAACAGUAGAAUUCUCAUCAAGAGCUAGAGAAUUUUUGGAUGGAUUAAAUACAAAUGAUAUUGAGCCAACAAUUGUAAAUAUUUUAAAAGAAGACCCGAGGUCUGUCUAUGUGCGUGAGCGCUACAGUAAUCAAUUUUAUACAUUUUUAAUUGGUGGCUUUCACAUAAGCUGUAAAUUUGAUAAUAGCAAACAUUCAGUAAAUGUCUAUAGAAUAUCGCCAGUUGACAAUUUAGAUUCCAAUGCUGAUCAAGAAGGUGCUCAAUGUCUGUCUGUAAAUUAAUGCUUUUGAUAAUCUUUUUCAUUCCUAUUGUCUAUUUACAAUUAGUUAGCAUUAAUUAUUUAUUCGAUUUUAUUUUGUGAGCUGAUUGUAUUUUAUUUUUAAAUACAAAUUUAUUUAAUAUAAACUUAAAUAUUACAUGUUUGUACUUUAUAAUCAUGAAAUACAGGUUUUUGUAUACGAAAAUAGUUCAUAAAAUUCAAAUUAUAAUUAAGUUUAUAUUUAGGAAGUAUAUUUCUAAAUGUUUAGAAACAAUGU